AUACUUUCUGAAAUCGUUUGCCGACUCGUGAUAAUACAGUAUAAAUACAGUUAUUGUGUUAGGUAACUGCCCACAGGUCUAGAGCCAACGAUCAUAAUGGAGGUAUCAUUGUCUUUGUCAGAAAAUACGAAACCGUCAAAAUUAAGACCGUCUGACAUCUGUUUUAGUCAGAAGGUAGUCUACCAUCGUUUUCGGCGGCGGUCUGGACACGGACACAUGACCAUUGGCGAUACCCUAGACGAUAUAAUGGAGGGUCGACUGUCAAUGACAUCACUUCCGGAGAUAAGUUUAAAACAGGAGGAAGACGAGGAGACAGAUGGGGAUAUAUUGGUAGGCGGGAAGAAGACUCGUUGGAUUACCGCUGACAACCGUCGUCUUUGGAUUUUCAGACACUUGGAAAGACUAGGCAGAUGUAAAGAGAUUUCUUUCCAAGAGGUCUCUUAUAUCGACUCAAUGAAAAGAUCGUCAGAAAAUCGUGGUGUUUCUGUCGGGAUAAAAGACGACGCGGAACCAGGAGGCUACUGGCACAAGGCCCCGGAUGUUACGCACAUUGACCCGAUGAGUGUUAAAUUCACCAAAGAUGUUAUUCCAAUGACCUUUUCUUCAGGAGAUCAUUCAGGAGUUAACGUAAGGACUCUCGUCAAUGAACUGGUUUCUGAAAAUCUGGAAUGUCGAAAUAUACCGCCCAUCGUUGUUUGGCAAGACGAAACAGCAAUGAGUGUUAUCGACGGAAACAGGCGUCUUUGGGCUUUCCAGAAAUCAACAAAAUCCGAAAUCGCUGCGAUUGUUAUAGAGGAUCGACAACUCCUGGACAAUACGAUGCCAAGAAUGAUUGGUAAAUCCCUCAAUGAUUUAAGCUCUGUUUAUGAUCAUACUGAAGUAAUUACGGAGUAAUAAAACUCAGUAUGUGGUCAGUUCCGUAAUAUACAAGCAAAAAUUACAAAAUUAAACUAUGCGAUAACGGUGAUAACUAUCAUAUCCAUUUAUAGAAAUGAUUUCACGAGUCUGUUCUUAUUAUAAAUGAAGGAGUUUGUGGUAUUUGUAAGCACAUACAUGAUAAUGAUAAAACUUAAGCAUAUAAUUAAAAAAAGAUCAAAUAUAACAUAUUAAUAUGUUAGAAGCAAACUAGAAUAUAUGUCCUAUAUAUAUUUCAUAACAUGCGCGUGACAUAUGUAAUUAAAAACAACGUAGGUAUAAUGCGUAUGUGAUAUUUACCUAUACUUUGAUACCACAUGUAACAUGUGUGCAUUUUAGAUAACGCUUACUUUUUACCGUUCGUUUUGCUAGCAUACAAUAUGCAAAUAUGCCACAUACCAUUUUAUUUAAUAACAUUUCAUUUAUUGUGUAUUCUGUGAUAUUUUUGAUUCAUAUAAAUCUGUGAUAUAUUUCUUCUUAUUCUAUACUUAUAUUUGUAAUUACGUUUUAAUUUGAUUUAAUGAAUUAUGUGAUAGAUUAACCUUUGGUUUAAGAUUUACAUGAUGAUUAGUUAUUAAGUAUUUCAUUUACAAUAUUCUUAAUAUUCCAAUUUAUGUCUAAAAAUAAAAUACUGUAUAACAAAUGUUAAGACGAAAUGUCAAUGCCGUAAAUGCAUAAAAUGCCUUAAGCUAAACUGUAUCGUUGGCGUAACUACCUCAUACCUUGAACCUACAUCUUUUAUUGGCGAUAAAAAUCAUUCGGAACAAAAGAACAUUGGGAUUUUCAUGCACACUCAGCGAUAUAUUCAUGAUUCUAAUCGAUGUUCAUUACAACCCCUCUCUCCUCCCUCCUUUCCCUCUCUCAUAUGUCUAUCGAUUUCCGAUUAUCAUAGUAUUUUAUACAGUCGCGUUAUAGAUAUGAUUGUAUGCGAAUAUGUAUUUGGACCUUGUGCUUGGUCUUUAUUUCUAUGCAGGCGGACUAGUGUUAACGGAAAUACCAGCAAGUAAGGAGUGAACCAGAGGACGUUAUUAGCACGGAAAGUGAUAAACAAUUGAACAGCAGAACGUUAUGAACAGCGAACAGAUUAUCACUAGUUCCGUUUGCAUGGAGAAAGAUCAACUACAUGGUCCGAGAUCAUUU